AUGGCCUGCAACAGGAGCGUCGCCUUCAAGGCGGUCGAGCUGGUGCUGAGCGCAGCGUGCCUGGUGUUCAAGCGCGUGACGGACGACGAGGCGCGCCGCCAGCGGCUGGCGGACCUGCGGCUGGGCCGCGAGUGGCCGCUGUACCGCGCCGUCGCCAUCAGCAUCGACGGCUCCGUCGCCACCAACGUCGUCUUCGGCGCCUACGUGCUCAUCUCGCUCGCGCUCCUCGUCGGACACCUCACCGGCGAGCUGGGCCCCCAGCGCUGGCGCAUGGAGACGUUCCUCCUGAUGGUGGGCGCCGGCGGCUUCGUGGUGGCGGCCAGCAUGGCGUACGUGACGCUGGACUCGGUGGUGCCGUCGCUGCUGGACAACGCGGCCGUGCUGGGCACGCUGGGGCUGGUGACGGGGCUCGUCUUCCUGGCCGACGCGCUCAUGCUGCUGUCCGCGCGACAGGCCAAGCCGCCGCCCAAGGAGCCGCCCAGGGAGCCGCCCAAGGCGCCGCCCGCCGCCAGGCACGACAAGGUGACGCAGACGCCGGCGGGCGAGGCGUACUCGCGCGUGUACAUUGGCGGGCCGCUCAAGUCGUCGCUGCGGUCGCCGCGGCGCGUGCAGUUCCCGGCGCCGGGCGCGGAGGCCACGGCCGCGCGGCCGCCGUCGCCGCCGCCGCCGCCCUCAAGCAGCUCCGACGACGGGUCGCCGUCGCCGCCGCAGAGGGACCGCGACGACAGCCCGCCGCCCAGCCGCAGCCGCAGCCGCAGCCCCGGGCCCCUAGCUGCAGCUGCAGCUGGAGCUGGAGGUGCGCCCACCGCAGACGCCCCGCUGCGGCUGCCUGCCUUGGGGCCAGCCGUCCCUUUGCAGCAGCGACAGCGCACCCUGCAGGUGGUGGGCGAGCCGCUGGAGGUGCGCAGCUCUGGAGACAGCGCCCUGCUGGACUCGCUGCGCGCGCUGCACGCCAUGGACAUCCCGCCGCCGCCCAGGGAGCGCCGCCACGGCUCGCCGCCCAGGGACGCGCCGGCCGGUGGUGAGAAGGAUCGUGAGCUGGCCGAGGAGGUUCAGGAAUCGGCUGCGAGGGCGCAGCACCAUCGCCAGCUACCGCAGCAACGGGAGGAGUCCCCGCUGAGUGCCCGCGAGCUGCAACUACUGGACUCUGGAAGAGACGACGGAAUGCCUCUGGACUCCAGCAAGGAGCGCGACCUCCUCCAGGUGAGCAUCCAGCAGAUGUUGGCACCCCUGUCACCGGCAGAGCGGGAGCGGCUGCUGCUGGACUCGCUGCGAGGCUCCGGCAAGUUCCGCUGGGGCCGGCGCCAGCAGGAGCAGGUGUCUCCGCCGCCACACUGGGGCUACGAUGCCAGGGUCGCCAACCGCGCGCACAGGGACCGCGAAUCCCCCAGCUCGCCACUCGAUCCAGGCUACGUGCGGCACGCGGCGUCCAACUGGCCGGUGACGCCGCCAUCUGGCUCCCGUACGCCGCGCACACCGUCUCAGUCGCCCUCUGGCUCCGAGUCGUCCGGAUCUCCGCCCGCGGCGGGCCAGACCCCGGGGGCCGCAGCGGGGGCGGGAUCUCGAUUUGCAGAUACGUCACGUGCAGUUAUACUGACACUUGCGAGCAGCUACUCCAAAAUGCCAUAA